GAGACUAAUGUUCGUUCAAUCACAGCAUUUACCCUCCUCUUUCCCCCCUCUUUCCGUCCCACUUCGCAUUUCCCUGUGAAUCAACCCCAUGCAAACACCUCGUAUGCGCAACCUACUUCGUCUCAAGUUCGUCUCAAAGCCGAAGGCGGACACGAUUCGUCGAAGUGCCAAUUCCGUCGAUACGCUGGGAUGGCUUAUCGAUAUCGCAGACAUAAUACAAAGCGCCUCCGCAGCGGCUCCCUUCCCACAAAUACAAGGGGCGGUGGCAGCUCUGUCUGUCCUCCUCAAAUGUAUCCAGAAAGUAUACCAGAACAAUGAAGAAUAUGAUGAACUGCUUGCUCGUAUCAAGUCCAUUUUGGAAGUGAUACGGAAAGUAGUUAAUGAAGCAGAUAAGACGAUGUGUGGUCGUAUGAGUGAUAUCUUGAUGGAAUUCGAAUCAUCGUUGCGCGAUAUAGUUCGCACGAUAAAUAGCCAACGGCAGCGUAACGACAAGUGGAUCAAGCAGUUGCUUCACUCGCAUAGUGUGAGCGACUCGAUCCUCCGGCUCAAAAUAAAGUUUGACGAUGCUCGACUGAAUGUUCUGGUGACCGCCACUUUUGUCCAUCACUCAAGUAUGAAAGAGCAAGUUUCAAAGCUAGAUCAAAAGCUUGAAGAAGGAAUAGCUUCCCAAGCCUCAGUAGCUGUUGAAACUAAAUCUACUCUAUCCAGACUCCAACAACAAUCACAAGCACUACACACAGAAACUCAGGCUCAGUCAUUUUUGAUCAGCAAGAACCAGACCGAUUUGAUGGCAGCCUUUACCAUGCAAAGUCAGCACAUCAGAGACGGUCUUCACGCACAAGACAAGCUCGCACUACAGCACCACCUGCAGACAACCGGCGACUUUAGAAAUCAUCAAGCCUGGCUACAGACUACCUUGCAGGACCAGAAUCAGCUUGUUAUUCGGCAACACGAUGAGGUUUUGAACGCAGUUAAGCGGACGAUGCCUUCACCUCUUUCAUCGCCGAAUAAUGUAGAUGAGUUUGAGGAAUACGAAGACAACUUCCACGUUUUUAAACAGAGUGAAUGGAAGCCGAAACAGAUACUGCUUUCAAGUGACGAGGAAGAGGGAUCAUGGAUGAGUCCGGAUUCCCAAGUUCUGGUCAUUGAUCAAGCAUCUGUUGUUCGUAACGUCCGAUACAGAGUGCGGACGUUCAAAGCUGCCGCUAAUGAUAAGCCCGAACAGAAGGGUGCUGCGUUCGAGGUACAGCUUUUCUUCUUCUCCCUGACAUUGUGAUCAACUUUCCAUUUUAGGCAUUCAAGAAUCAUCUACAAUUUUAUUCCACCGCACGGCUGCCUUUUCUCCCUGAGUUGGUAGGGUUUAGUAAAUUUAAACAUGGCCCGUCACUAUUUU